AUGCAAGAAAGAAAAAUUCAAGUUUUUGUCAGUUUUCUGCUGGUUAUAGCAACUCAAGCAAACCCCACAAGCGUCUUUCAUAACAGCAUAGAAUACCAAUUGUAUCGAUUUGAUGACCAAAAUGGACGACUUAGUUUCAAUGAUGCAAAUGCAGCUUGUGUAAAUAUUGGUGGUGAACUUGCAUUGAUCAAAACUGAAGCAAUACAGAAUGCAAUACAAGGACAACUAGAUUUGUUAAAGGGUCAACCAAAUAAUGGCUGGACACAAUGGGUCAGAGGUUAUUGGAUUGGUGGAUAUUGUAGCGACAAUUGCAAAGUUGGUUUAGGAGGUUCAACAUCAAACCAAGUAAACUGGAAAUGGAGCGAUGGUAGUAGAAUGUAUGAUGGAUACACAAACUGGUAUUCAACCCUGGAACCUAAUGGAGUUUCAAUACAGGGGUAUACUGUAUGUUAUCCAAACCCAUGUUAUAACGGUGGUACAUGUCAAUAUAUGAACAAUGGAAGUUAUACUUGUCAUUGUGCACCUGGCUUCGAUGAUAUAAACUGUACAAUAGAUUUAUGCAACCCUAGUCCUUGUGAAAAUGGUGGCACUUGUGUUGGAACCAUGAGUGGAUACGAAUGUGAUUGCACACUUGGAGUUAUUGGCACAAAUUGUGAAAUAGAUUUAUGCUCCAGAAACCCGUGUGAAAAUGGUGGUACUUGUAUUGGAAAUGAAGGUGCAUAUGAAUGUAAUUGCUUGGAUGGGUUCAUUGGUACAUUUUGUGAAAAAGAUUUAUGCAUCCCUAAUCCUUGUCAAAACAAUGGUACUUGCAUUGGAAUUAAUGGGGGUUAUAACUGUAGUUGUCCAGAGGGAUUCAAUGGCACAAUUUGUGAAACAGAUAUUUGUGAUUUGGUAACAUGUCACAACGAAGGGACAUGUCACCAUGCUGCUGUUACUGGUUUCGUGUGUGAAUGUAAGAAAGGCUACAAAGGAACAACUUGUCAAAUUGACCCAUGCUUUAACCACACAUGCGAAAACAACGCAACAUGUUUUAUUAGUAAUUAUACAUCGCUGUGUAACUGCAAGGAUGGAUAUGAAGGAGACAACUGUGAACUUAUCAUUG